AUGGCGAAGCGGGCGUUGGUCCUUCUGAUGGUUUUGGCGUGUGUUGCGAGUGGGAGUGGGAGAGAGGAAGGGAAGAAGUUGACAAGUUCGGAGAACCACUUGAUUGACUCCGGCUCAGGGUGGAAGGGAGGGAGCCAUGGUGUCGGGCCUGGGAUUGGUGUUGGUGGUGGGCCGAUUAGCGAUUGUGUUAGGAAAGGGAAACGGCAUGGUGGCGGCGGCGGUGGAGUUGGUGGAGGGAGAGGGAUCGGUGGAGGUGGCGGUGUAGGUGGUGGAGCCGGUGGAGGCAUUGGCGGAGGCGGUGGAGUUGGUGGAGGGAGAGGGAUCGGUGGAGGUGGCGGUGCAGGUGGUGGAGCCGGAGGAGGCAUUGGCGGAGGCGGUGGAGUUGGUGGAGGGAGAGGGAUCGGUGGAGGUGGCGGUGCAGGUGGAGGCAUUGGCGGAGGCGGUGGAGUUGGUGGAGGGAGAGGGAUCGGUGGAGGUGGCGGUGCAGGUGGUGGAGCCAGUGGAGGCAUUGGCGGAGGCGGUGGAGUUGGUGGAGGGAGAGGGAUCGGUGGAGGUGGCGGUGUAGGUGGCGGAGCCGGUGGAGGCAUUGGCGGAGGCGGUGGAGUUGGUGGAGGGAGAGGGAUCGGUGGAGGUGGCGGUGUAGGUGGCGGAGCCGGUGGAGGCAUUGGCGGAGGCGGUGGAGUUGGUGGAGGGAGAGGGAUCGGUGGAGGUGGCGGUGUAGGUGGCGGAGCCGGUGGAGGCAUUGGCGGAGGCGGUGGAGUUGGUGGAGGGAGAGGGAUCGGUGGAGGUGGCGGUAUAGGUGGUGGAGCCGGUGGAGGCAUUGGCGGAGGCGGUGGAGUUGGUGGAGGGAGAGGGAUCGGUGGAGGUGGCGGUAUAGGUGGUGGAGCCGGUGGAGGCAUUGGAGGAGGCGGUGGUGGCAUCGGUGGAGGUGGUGGAGCUGGUGGUGGCAUCGGUGGAGGUGGUGGGGCAGGUGGUGGCAUCGGUGGAGGUGGUGGAGCUGGUGGUGGCAUCGGUGGGGGUGGUGGAGCUGGUGGAGGCAUCGGCGGAGUUGGCGGUGGCUUUGGCGGGGGUGGUGGAGCUGGUGGAGGCAUCGGCGGAGUUGGCGGUGGCAUGGGCGGAGGUGGUGGAGCUGGCGGCGGCAUGGGAGGAGGUGGGGGAAUUGGUGGUGGCAUCGGUGGAGGUGGCGGGGCUGGUGGAGGCGGCGGAAUUGGCGGUGGCAUGGGCGGGGGUGGUGGACUUGGCGGGGCCAUCGGCGGAGGUGGUGGCAUCGGCGGAGGUGGUGUCGGUGGCGGGAUUGGAGGAGGUGCUGGGGCUGGAGUUGGAAUCGUGGGUGGUGGCGGCAUUGGUGGAGGUGGUGGUGUUGGAGGAGGCAUCGGUGGGGGUGGAGGUGUAAGCGGCGGGUUUGGAGGAGGUGCUGGGGCUGGAGUUGGAAUUGCGGGUGGUGGCGGCAUUGGUGGAGGUGGUGGUGGUGUUGGAGGAGGCAUCGGUGGGGGUGGGGGUGGUGGUGUAGGCGGCGGGUUUGGAGGAGGUGCAGGGGCUGGAGUUGGAAUUGCAGGUGGUGGCGGCAUCGGUGGAGGUGGUGGUGAUGUUGGAGGAGGCAUCGGUGGGGGUGGUAGUGUAGGCGGCGGGUUUGGAGGAGGUGGUGGGGCUGGAGUUGGAAUUGCGGGUGGUGGCGGCAUUGGUGGAGGUGGUGGGUUUGGCGGAGGUGGCGGUAUUAGUGGUGGCGCAGGAGGUGGACUAGGUGGAGGACGUGGCUUUGGUGGUGGAGCUGGUGGAGGUUGGGGCAUCGGCGGUGGUGCUGGCGGUGGAUUCGGUGGUGACGGCGGAGCAGGUGGCGGCUUUGGCCCCGGAGGUGGCAAAAAGCAUCACCAUGGGAAAAUUGGUGGUGGGAAGGGCAUUGGCGGUGGAGGCAGGUCAGUCGGAGGUGGUCCUGGCGGCUCGCUGGAACAGGGAAAGCCUCAUCAACUUACGAAGCCUUGA